AUGGGCCCUACUGACAUUUCUAUACUAAAAAGCGGACACUUUGUUGUUUGUGAGUUUAAAAGCAACCGUUUACAAAUUUUUGAAUAGCUCAGGAAAGGCCUUCACUGAACUAGCAAAACAUAAAAGUAAGUCUAGUCAGAGUACUAAAUUUUUACAGUAGAAACAGUGCAGUCACGAUGGCAUGUGACAAUAAGUUGACCAAGUAACUCGUUGUUUCGCUUUUCAAAGGUUGCAAGCUAGGUUUAGUUACUGAACUUUUCAUGAGCUGGACCUAAUUUGAAUUUAAUUACGUGCAUAAACGUUCGGCCAAAGCUUUUGACUCACUCAUUGAAAACGACCAUUUCAAUUUGGAAGCUCUGCACCGUUUUCCCGCCCGCAUGCAUUUGUCAGUCGGCUUGGAAUGUCGACUGUACCUUUUUCGGAACGGUUCCACACACCAACCUUUAAUUUCUGUUGCCGAGCCUCAUGCAUCUUGAUUAUAGAUCAAGUACGACAGUAUUGCAUUGGCAAUUUUAAAGUUGUUUUGCCCCAAGCUGCAUUUUCAGCCUCUGAAUCAACAGGCAGACUUUUGUUUGGUUAAUUUGUAGCGGCCUCAGGGUUUUCCGAAUUCAAAUUAGAUCGGUUCGUGAAAUAUGGACUCAAACGGGAGUUGCCUUAAGUUUGCAGAUUGAACAACAUUAGUAACUAAAACGCGGUAUGUAGUACUCUCAGCGGCGUCCUGAAACAAAAAACUACGCUUAAUAUGAUUUGCCGGUUGUAACCGCACCAGGAAAGCUUUCUUUUCUAUAAACAUUAAUUAAAAGGCAAAAUAUGAGCUUCAGUUCUUGAAAGAAGCCAUAACAGACAUCAAGUCCAGGUGAAAUAUUAUAAAGAAGCGCGAGGACCAAGCCACCAAUGAAAGUAGAUUAGAAAUAGAUUUUUUAAAAUAGGUUUUGUUGAUUUUUGGUGACCAACAGUUGCAAACCAACAGCACUGAGUGAUGAAGCGCUAGCUCACCUUAAAUGUGAUACACUGGGGCCCAGACGGGAGAUUCACGCGUUAAACCUUGUGAAGAAAUGUCUAAAUAAGCGCUGCCCGGAAUUUUUAAUGGCCUACUUUUAUUUUAAUAGAGAUAUCGUACAGAGAAAAACGAGGCAAAGUAAUCAUCUCCGUCUUCCCUCCAUCAAAUUAGAAUUUACGAAAAAAGCAUUUUGUUAUCAUGGAUGUGAAGUUUUUAAUCGUAAUUUGUAGUUUUUAGUAAUAGUUUGUAAUAAUUUUUAUCCUUUUUUUAGGACAUUUUUCUAUUAGCUUAGUUAGGACUAGUUUUAAGUAUUUUUAACCUAUUUUUAUAUUUCUUUUUUAUCUAGGGCCUCUAAGGAUCUCAGUUUUUGCAACUGUAGGAGUUACCCUAGCUAAAUAAAAGUAUCUUCUUCUUCUUCUUUUUCUUCUUCUUGACGUUAAAGUUUUACUAAAUAAAUUUAAGUUUACUAAGAACUUUAGAUAUUUCAGUAAUCUUAUUGUUAAAUAAGAUGUACGUUUGUUGUCAAUACUUAACUUUGCCCGAAAUUGUCUGUGAUGUGUUGAUAUUUAAUAAGAAUGGAUUGGACAGUAUCAGUUUCUUGUAUAUAUGCGUUAUUGAUCAAGCGUGAAGUGAGAUGGAUGGAUAUUGGCCAAAAUGCAAGUUCUUUUUUGUGUUUUUAUGGACCAAAACGAAUUCGAAGUGUAUCCCAAAACCAGGCCAAUACCUAUCAAUUUUGACUCAACUUUAGUCAAAAUUGAUAGAUAUCAUGUAUCGUAACUUUUUCUUUCGGGAUUAACGCGGGAAAUGAGACUGAGAAAUUCUCUUAGACUAAUGUUCAGAACAUGAAACAGUCUGGGAAAUGGGGUUGGGUACCUGAUAUGAUACGGAUAUGAGCUUAUAGAACCUUCGGGCCUGAGGACAUUAGCAUCUCCGAGCGAUCAAAAUACACUGGAAAGACAUCUGCCAUUAGGCAGGCAAUUCGACCCUACUUCAGCAAAGAUUCCAAUCCUUAGCCGGAUUCCGGAUUCUCAGAGCUGAAUUCCGGAUUCCGAAGCCCAGGAUUUCCUAUUCCACAAGCAAAAGUUUCCGCGGAGUUUUUUACACGAGGCGAGUUACACGAAUUUUGAAUGAGGCUCAUCAUUCAAAUCCAUACAUAACCAAAAUAAAUGCACAAUGCUAACAAGAAAAGCAAUUACACUAAAAAGAAUCGUUCUUGGUAAACCUGAAUGGCAGGAGUCGAUUACCGGCUCCUGUGAGGCUGUGAAUGGUCAUAUUGCAUGGUUUCUGCAUUAGGUUCAGUAAUAUCGUGACUAUUUCCAGUUCGCGUGACAAAGAUGAUGAAAUUACAAAAAAUUAUUUCAAAUUAUCAUGACCUGCAGACCCGGGAAUUAUAUAACAUCUACCUUUAUUUAAAUUCUAAGAAAUCACGAGGCGCUACGCAACAAUGAUCCACCUGUCACUUUAUUUUAAUAACUUAACUCCAUGUUAAAAUACCGAAUUAUUGAGAUCGUCUUUGGAGCAGUUUCGAUACCUCCUAUUCAAACAAGAUGGAUGUCCCAACUCUGAUGUACAAUCUAAGGGAGGAAGUAACUUGCUCGGUGUGCAUGCAACUGUACACAAACCCUAAGCAACUGCCUUGCUUGCACAUUUUUUGCCUUCAAUGUCUUAACAACUUAGCUCGAACCAGCGCCCAUAGUGGCAAGAUCAAAUGUCCGCUCUGCCAGAGAGAAGUCGAUAUUCCCGAGAGUGGUACCUUGGAUACUCUACCUAACUGUUUUCACAUGAAGAACCUACUCGAUAUUCUAGCCAUCAAAGAAUGCGACACUGCAAAGGUAACGUGUGGAAACUGUGAGAUGAAACGCGAAGAAGCAUCCUAUUGUUUUCACUGUGGUAAGUUCUGGUGCAAUGAUUGUGUGAAUGCACACAACAUCUUGCGAGAAAACAGAGAGCACCGUGUCCUUGCUCUCAAAGAUUUCAAAGGCAAGGAUUUUGAGGAUGUUCUCAAGCGACCAGUAUUUUGCCAGAGGGAGCUUCAUGAUAAAGAAAUACUCAAGUUUUAUUGUAAGGAAUGUGAUAUUCCCGUGUGUCAAACUUGCGUUAUUGUAGAUCACAAUAAACACGAUGUGGAGCAUUUGGAAGUUGCUGCAAGAGAGGUGAAGAAGAGUAUCACUUCUAAGCUGGCUGCUGCAAGGGAGUCAUUGAACGCGAUAUCCCGCAAAUACACAGCCGAAAAGGAGGAAAUAUCCCACCUAAUUACAUAUUCUUCUGAAACAAACAAGGAGCGGAUACAGCAAAUGGUUAAAUCUCUUAUCUCGAUCCUUCAACAAAAAGAACAAGAACUGAUAGCUGAACAAGAAACUCAGAGGAAAAUGGCAGAAGAAGAACUUAAUAAAAGCGCCGUUAAUUUUGAGGAUCGUUUUAGAAAAAGGGAGGAAUCCAUCUCAAAUGUUGAGGCCAUUGUUGAACGCAGCACAGGGGCAGAUCUGGUUAGGACCAAGGCAAGCAUAGAUAAACUCUUCAAAGGACUUCAAGAGCCAAAAGUUACAUCAUCUACAAGGGAAAUUAAAGUUCACUCGAAAGUGUUUGUGGGGAACGAAGAAAUCUCUAAAGUCCUUGAAGAGUCGGUAAUUGGAAGUCUUGAGCAAUCUUCCACUGAAGCAUACCAGUGUUUAGUUCAUGGGUUCGGAGGAGCUACUGCUGGACUAGAGACCGAAUUCGAAGUUAUCACGAGGAAUUCGGAAGGAAAAGAAUGCUAUUGUUCAGGAGACGUUAUAGAUGUGCAGCUUAUUUCAUUGCAACAAGAUCUUAACAUUAACAACAUUCCUGAGGAAGUGAAAAUAGUUGAUAGAAAAAAUGGCAGGUACACGGUUUCCUUCAUCACAAGAGAAAGUGGACAAUAUUUAUUAACUGUUCAAGUAAAUGGAGAACACAUUAGGAAAUUUCCAUCCAUUGAAAUUAAUGAACGGUGCUUUAAGCCUUUAAGGUUCAUUGGAGAAAGAGCUGUUGACGGUCUACGAUUGUGCACGCCCUGGGGAAUAACUGCGAAUGACGCGAAUGAAAUCUUUGUAAGCGACAUGAGUAACAAUCGCAUUGUGGUUUUCAAUGAAAAUGGGGAGUUUAUCAGAUCUUUUGGACAAAAUUUUCUUACCUGGCCAAAUGGGGUGCUUUGUGACAAUAUGGGGAGAAUUUUUGUAACAAGUAGAAAUAACAACAAAAUAUUAGUGUUUGGGCAAAGUGGGGAAUAUAUUUCAACAUUUCACAAUGGUAAUUCACUAAGAGGACCAAGGGGAAUAUCAUUUGAUGCUGAUGGGAAUCUUAUAGUUUGUGAUGCAGGAAAUGAAUGUGUUAGGUUUUUUUCUCCUGAUGGGAACAAUUUUAAGACAAUACGUGCUGGUAGAUUACGUAUGCCAUUUGACUGUGUAUGCCAUAAUAGUAAAGUGUUUGUUUCUGAUCGUGACGCUCAUCUGAUUAAGGUCUACAAUAGUAAUGGUAGAUUUUUGUAUGAAUUUCGAAGCUAUGGACCGGGGGAAGGAAAGUUACGUCUUCCAGCAGGUUUAGCAGUGGACAAAAUGGGACAUCUUCUUGUUUGUUCCUUAGAUAAUCAUCGAGUGCAGGUUUUUACUUUAGGUGGGAAGUUUAUUGCUAAGUUUGGGGAACAUGGACAAAAGUUGGGGAAAAUGUGCGGCCCUACCUCCGUUUUAGUACUGAAAAGUGGUCGCAUUGUUGUUUGUGAGUUUCACAACAAUCGCUUACAAAUAUUUGAAUAA